GUAGCGAGGAGGCGUCCGUCCAAACAGGAAGAAACUGGGAAAACACUCCUAACUGAUGGAUUUAUUUGUUUUGGAAUAAAACUGGAGGCAGCAAAUGGCGAUUAGGAACUCUGGAGGAUUUGAAAGAUCACUUUUCCUCCGUGUUAGAGGAGUGUGAACGUUUUGGACGUUGUGGACGGUAAACUCUGCGGAUCCAGUCCGCAGUCAGAGCGCUGUUUGGGGGCUGACGCAGUGGAGGAAGGCGGGGGGAUAGGCUAGGCUAGUUAGCACGCUAGGCUAACACCAUCAGCGCUUUGAAAUACCUGAACACGGAUAUUUUUGGCUCUAAAUGAGCAACAGCCUGGCUGUUAAAGGGCUGUUCCUGAACCCCCCGAGCUGAUAAAAAUUAUAACUUUACCUCCCGCCAAAAAAGUGUUAGCUGCUAGCGUUAGCAUUGCUACUUAACGGGCUAGUUUGGCUUGUGUGCAUAUCAACAAGCUCUGACAGCAACAGAGGGGCAACACAACAACACACGCUAUCUGCAUUACAGUCAGAUAAUCAUUAGCAUCAGCGUGUUAAUAAUCUCUGAGUGGUUCAUAUCUACACGCUGUCAACUCUUAUUUUUUAUGGAGUUUUAUAAUUUAUGGACCUCUCUGUUGUUUCUCGGGGUGUUAGCAUGGAGACACGGCAGCCUGGCAGCAGCAGCUCGGAGCGGUUACAUAACAGCAGCAGGUCGCAGGAGAAGCUGAUCGUCUCCUCCUCCUCUUCAGCCUCCUCUGCCUCCUCUACCGGGCUCUGACAGCCGUAACCUGCUCCAGACAUACGGACACACUCACACAGAGUCAGAGAGACAAUAACACAGCAGCAUGGAGGAGGUGUGAGCCUGCAGGGAGACAAGACAGACUGACAGACAGCAGAGAAACAACAGAGCUGAAGAUGGAUUCAAACCCGCUGAUCAAUGCUAUGGACCCAUCCAUCACGCUGUGGCAGUUCUUGCUCCACCUGCUGGAGGACCAGCGGCAGCGUCACCUGAUCUCCUGGACAGGUGAGGACGGAGAGUUCAAGCUGCUGGACGCUGAGGAGGUGGCUCGACUGUGGGGGCUCCGCAAGAACAAACACAACAUGAACUACGACAAGCUGAGCCGAGCGCUCAGGUACUACUACGACAAGAACAUCAUAAAGAAGGUGAGCGGUCAGAAGUUUGUGUAUAAAUUUGUGAGUCAGCCCGACCCCUCCAUGCCUGACGGUGUCCGCAAUGGAGACGAGAACCAGAGGAGGGACAACGCUGACCAGAGCAGCCAAUCAAAAGUCCUGGGAGGCGUGUCUUCUAACUGUCAGUCAAAGGUCUUACCUCAGCGCUCGUCACCCAGCAGCUCGCAGAAAAGCUCCCGCAACGACUACAUGAAGUCCGGCCUCUACUCCACUUUCACCAUCCAGUCACUGCAGGCCUCGCCAAACCCACGGCCAAUCAAAUCAGAGCUCCUCAUACAGCAAGAGCCUGCCUCCAAACUGGACCGCACGCCCAGAGAGGUGUUUGUGUUAGCAGAGUCUAAACGCACUCAGCCAGCAGGGGGAGCUGUCGACUCUGGUCUCCAGGUGAUCGUCACUCAGCCGUCUCCGUGUCCCACGCCGGCCCUUAGCCCACAGAUACCCACAAACACAACCAGCCAGUCACAGAAUUCUUCUGCCCCUCCUCUCAGCGACCCCCCUCAGAUUUACCUCACCAGCGUCACGGACCCAUCCUCCCUCACCCCUCUCAUCCCCCUCGGUCCUGUCGGGGGAUCCAUGAGCCCCGUCCCCCCAUCCCAUGUACCCAUGGGCCCCCAGGGGCCUCCGCAGGACGACUGCGUGGGAGUCGCCAACCCGACCAGCUUCCCUCCUCACCCCCAGGCAGCUCCUCACCCGUCUCACCCCCCGCCCGUCUUCGUCAUCAUCAACCCUCCUCCUCAGCAGCAGACAGCCAUGACGGCAGCUCCCCCCUCCGCGUCUGCUCCUCCCCCCGCCCGCCCCCCUCCUCCCCCCAUCGUGAUAAAGGAGGAGAACCUGCCAUCAGAGGAGGAGCUGCUGGAGAUGGUGUCUCUGGAGGAGAAGGCGGUGGAGGAGGUGCCUCAGCUCAUCUGCUCAGGAGAACCAGAGCCCCCCCUCACCAUCGUGGAGAGCCCACCUCCUCCCUGCAUGGAGGCUGGAAUAGGAGGUCCGCAGCCUGCUGGAGAGGGGGGAGCCGAGGGGGAGAGGAAGGACUCACUGACAGAUUCCUCCAUCCCUCCUGUGACCUCCACCUCCUCUGUCUCCUCCUCGGCAGUGACUCCUGCUGUCUCCUCCUCGUCCUCCUCAUCUUCAGACGCCGCUCCUCCAAAACCAAAGAAGCCGCGGGGCCUGGAGCUGCCCUCUUCACCCUCGCUUCCACCCGGCCUCUCCCUGGAUAAGGUGAACGCAGCCGUUAACAGUUUGUUGGCUCCUGGAUCAGCGACCAAUACGCUCACGCCGACCGUCAUCACCUCCCACGCUCUGACUCCGGUCCUGCUGACGCCCAGCCCUCUCCCCUCCACCAUCCACUUCUGGAGCACGCUCAGUCCCAUCGCUCCUCGCUCCCCGGCCAAACUCUCCUUCCAGUUCCCCACUAAUGGCAGUAAUCAGAUCCACAUCCCGGCUCUGAGCGUGGACGGACUCUCCACCCCCGUCGUUCUCUCUCCUGGACCCCAGAAACCCUGAGAGCCUCUUCCUCGCCUCACGCUGCUCCUUACCGGGCUCUGACCUCACCUUGCCUCCUCGAGGGCCGGAGGAGAACUGCAUCUGAUUCAGAAACGCUCCGACAGACCUGGAACCACACGGUCUGUUGGCCCUGCGGUCUGACGGGUAAGACUGGGAGGUUUGAUGGUGUAAGGGGACGUUUCAUUGGUGGAAAUAUUCACGGCUGGAGAUUUAUGAAACAAAUGAGAAUAUUUGAAAUGUGCAGAAGCAGGCGGAUGUCUGGGCCUCAUCCUCCGGAAAUCUGACGUGAUGUUUUGAUGUUUCUGUGGCGGUGCUUGAACUCUACAGGGACGGGACGCUUCUCUGGACUUUAGGAAAUGUAAGAAAGGGAGUCAGGACGACGAUGAGGGCUGAAACUCUGGAGUAAAGAUUGUUUUACCUUUGAAAAGUUUAUUUUUGAGAGAGAAAACAAAGACAAGCUGCAAACUGGAACCAGGAACAUUUUUAAGUUUUUACUGGAUUAAAGAUGAAUUUAAGUGGAGGGUUUUCCACGGACAACGGAGCCCCAGGAAAACGAGGAAGAACAUUUAUUAUCACAGUUUGACCGAAGGGAUGGUGGAGAAGCCGAUUUAUUUUGGAUCUUUCCAUCGGGAUCUUUUUCCUCUUUAUCGUCUGUUUUUUUUUUUUUCUUUUUUUUUUUUUUUUUUUAAAGAAGUGGUUAUUUAUUCUGGUUUCCUCGUCAUAUUUUCCUCCUCAUGGCUCCUGACUGUGUUGGGUGUGUUUGAUUUAUUCACUCCCAGGUAGAUAAACGUUUUAUAAACUCACCGGCUGGAUUCGUCUCUACUUUUAAGGCUAUUUUAAGAGAUUUUUCUGGCCCCUUUUAAAGGCCACGCCUUCCUCCAGUUAUGCAUGGCCUGUUAUUGGACCGAACUCCUCUGCAUCAUUUUGAAGCGGCCAAUCAGAGAGGACGGAUGAAGAAGACGAUGACGAUCGGCUGCAGAGGGGAGUUUUUAAAAAGCCAAGUUGUUUCUCUACAAAGUCUCUACUUGUGUCAGAUUGUAUAUUUUCUAAAAAUGUUUGAAUUUAAAAGUGAAGAGAGAAACUCGACUGUUUAUAUGGAGGCCGUGCUCCUCCGGGAGGGUUUAAAGGGUUAACUCAGAUGUUUGUUUUGUUGAUAGAGAUGGUUAUCGGUUUAUUUCAGCGUUCAUUCCUGACAUUAGGUAGAUUUUCUGCUGCUCUUUCUCUGUUUCGUGUUUUUUGUUCCUGACAGCCUCGGACUCUGUGUUUGAAAUCUGCAGCUGUGAUGAUUUAGAAGUUUUCGGGCGUUUUUUUAAUGCUUAUUAUCGUCGCCAUGGAGACGUCAGGGAUCUAAGAAGCAGCACUUUGGUUGUUUGAACUUUUCUGACGUCUCUGAAGUAAAAUCUACCUUCAUGUGUUGUUCUUCAGCUGAAGCAUCUUUACAUCUUUUCUAUGGAGGCAUAAAAGGGCCAAAAUAAGAUCUUAAAUAAGAGGAGGGGGAAUUUAUUCCCCUUAAAAUGUCACAGGUGAGGAUUUUUGAUGUUUUCAAACACAUUUAUUCAACUUAGCAGUAUAGAAUGAAUUUUUUGCUAGUUUUUGCUGGAAAAUAUAAAGAUAAGGAACUUAAGGAAUAAUCGCGUAUUAAAUCAUAAACACAAUAUUGGGUCAAAAAAAUCACAAUUAGAUUAUUUUCCCAUUCAGCCCUAGUUGUGAUCGUCCUGUGUAACAGUCUCAGUGAGGGAUGGAUGGAGAAUAUGAGUCCUAUUUUACUAAAGAACUAUCAACAUUUAAUAUUUAGCUAUUCCAAACUGUAAGCCUUAAUCCUGAAAUAGACAACAGUUGAAAAAUCUCCCUCCUCUUCUGUUAUUUUCUUAUUUCUGGCCCUGUUAGCCUUCAGUCCUUUCAAAUAUAAAAUCACCCUGAAUGAAAGAAGCUGCAAAAUGUCUACACAUUUAAUAUAAAUAUAUAUUUUUACCCCCAAAAGAAAAAUCCAAAGUGAGCCUGAACCUUUACGGUUCUCCUAAAAUGACUGUUGUUGUUGUUGUUAUCGCUGUUGUUGUAAUUUUCCGAUGCUAGCUGAAUCCCGUGGUUGCCAUAGUAACCUGACCCGACUGUUGUUCUUGUUGUUGUUGCUGCGGAGGGAAACCUCCCCAUUGAAGACGCUGUUAACAUGUUUCUACGCUUCUGUGUGUGACGGCGAGGCUGCUGACGCACAAACGCACAGCGGGAACUGAGUGAGGCUGAAAACCGUCUGUAAAAGUGAUAAACAUCCAGUUAUAGGCAUUAAAGUUAGUGGAGGACUUUCAUUUCCAGAAGUUUUCAUUAACAAAAUAUUCAGCUACCUUAAAGAGAAAGAAAAGCAACAAAUUCUCACAUCUGAACACCAAAAAAAUAAAAUUACAGUUUAAAUGUUCCAGUUAAUUCACUCUAAGGUUGUCAGCAUUUCUGAUAUUUCUCUGAUACUACAUGUAAUAAAAUAACAAGUUUGAAUUUUCUCAAGAUAAAGCUGCUGAAAAAGAAAAGGAGAGAGAACACAAGUAUUGGCAGUGCUCCUCUCUAACUGACUGAAUCAGCCAUGUCUUUUUGACGCUCUAGGAUUGUGGGUAAUGUAGUUAUUUUCCCUUCAAACAGAGUUGGUAUCAUCCAAACUCGUGUUCAUACACUCAGGUAGCUUAUGGUAAGUUUACCUUGGAUGAUAAUGACUUGGUGAAUAAUCGGACCAACACUGGAGAAAACAAACAUUAUUUCCACUCCUAAAACAACAUUUUUAAGCUCUCUUUUUACUGAUCUGUACGUUCUUUGCAGUCAUGUGAUCCUAAAUGCCUGAUAGGGGCAGGAAGUAAGGGACAGCCAUUAGGACUGAAUAGGAACGAAGGAAUGUUAGAGCUUUACAGCUCUAAAUGGACCUGUAUGCUGCAUUUAUUAGAGUAUUUCAACAUAUAUUUAGAAUGAUCCCUACACUUUACAAGAAAGGGAUUUUUUUCCACAGUUUGAUCGAUUUACCUGGAGUAGAGGUGAUCAAAGCACAAAUUACUCAGUCCAACAGACCUCCUAGCGUCAUCUUGACGAGUCUUGCACUGAGUUAAGAGGCUAGCUGAGCCCCUUUAACGUGUAAAAACAAUCCUCAUUUUGUCAUAAAUAUAGAAUGAACCUUGUGGGCUGAGAGACCGAGCAAUGAUGAGGCGUUCAUGAACGAGCCGGUUCUCCUAAACGACUCUUUAAUGUGAGCCGCUGUAGCUAGCUCCUGUUUGAGUGCAAGUUUCCUUUCCUCCAUCCUUUCUCCUUAUAUGUGACCGAAGCCAGAU